AGCGUUGUCAGCGCCAGGUGGCGGGCGCCUGCGCAGUGGCUCCGAGCGGGCGGUUGCUUGUUGGUUGUUGUAGUAACGGGGGAAGCAGCCGUCCGCUGCAGCGGUGAGCCCGGCUGGGGAAGGAAGAGAGAAGUUGUCGCAGAGCGCGAUCCCGGCCUGCCCGCCCCGAGCAAUGGGAAGAUGAGGCAGGUGAACGCCUGCGCGCUCCCCGACCCGAGUAAAGUGCGCUCCCGCGUCCCGGCGGGUGGGGUCCGCUGCACUUCCCUAUUAGAGUCCGGGAGAAGCUGUAGGCUUCCGGGAGCUCUGGACGUGAUUGCUUCAGAGGAGUAGCCUGCGUCCUCCCCGCGGAGAGCAUCUGCAGACCUACCCGGGAUUGGGGUAUCUGUGCCACCCAAGUUGUUUGAUCCUGUGAAUCUGCAAGGAAAGGUCUCCGAGGCCCCUGUCUGCUGACUGCAUGACAAACCCUAAAGGAAAUGCCAAUCGUGAUGGCCCGGGACCUGGAGGAAACAGCAUCAUCCUCAGAGGAUGAGGAGGCGGUAAACCAAGAGGAUCAUCCAUGUAUCAUGUGGACUGGAGGCUGCAGGAGAAUCCCCGUUUUGGUAUUCCAUGCCGAGGCGAUUCUGACAAAGGACAGCAACAUUCGAGUCAUUGGAGAACGUUACCAUUUGUCCUACAAGAUUGUGCGAACAGACAGUCGCCUGGUACGCAGCAUCCUGACAGCCCAUGGAUUUCAUGAAGUUCACCCAAGCAGCACUGACUAUAACCUCAUGUGGACAGGAUCCCACCUGAAGCCCUUCUUACUUCGCACCCUCUCUGAAGUGCAAAAGGUUAAUCACUUUCCCAGGUCAUAUGAACUAACCCGGAAGGACCGACUGUACAAAAACAUCGUUCGAAUGCAGCACACGCAUGGAUUCAAGACCUUCCACAUUCUCCCUCAGACCUUCCUGCUGCCAGCCGAGUACGCGGACUUCUGCAAUUCGUAUUCAAAGGAUCGGGGACCUUGGAUAGUAAAACCAGUGGCCUCCUCUAGGGGGCGGGGCGUCUACCUGAUUAACAAUCCAAACCAGAUUUCCCUGGAAGAGAACAUCCUGGUCUCCCGUUACAUUAACAACCCCCUGCUCAUAGACGAUUUCAAGUUUGACGUGCGCCUAUACGUGCUCGUGACCUCCUACGACCCUCUCGUCAUCUAUCUCUAUGAAGAAGGACUGGCCCGGUUUGCGACUGUGCGGUAUGACCAAGGAGCCAAGAACAUCCGGAACCAGUUCAUGCACCUGACAAACUACAGCGUGAACAAGAAGAGCGGGGACUACGUCAGUUGUGAUGAUCCAGAAGUGGAGGAUUAUGGGAACAAGUGGAGCAUGAGCGCCAUGCUGAGGUACCUGAAGCAAGAAGGCAGAGACACAACUGCGCUGAUGGCCAGUGUCGAGGACCUGAUCAUUAAGACUGUAAUCUCUGCUGAACUAGCUAUCGCCACAGCCUGUAAAACCUUUGUUCCUCAUCGCAGCAGUUGUUUUGAACUCUAUGGCUUUGACGUGCUCAUAGAUUCUACUCUGAAGCCAUGGUUGUUGGAAGUGAAUCUCUCCCCUUCUUUGGCUUGUGAUGCGCCUCUGGACCUAAAGAUUAAAGCCAGUAUGAUCUCAGACAUGUUCACGGUUGUCGGAUUUGUGUGCCAAGAUCCUGCCCAGAGGGCAUCCAACCGGCCAAUUUACCCCACCUUUGAGUCUUCCAGGCGAAACCCUUUUCAGAAACCUCAGCGUUCCCGUCCGCACUCUGCCAGCGAUGCGGAGAUGAAAAACCUUGUGGGCUCUGCCCGGGAGAAGGUGCCGGGAAAGUUAGGUGGUUCUGUGCUUGGUCUUUCAAUGGAGGAGAUCAGAGUUUUGCGGAGGGUGAAGGAAGAGAAUGAUCGGAGAGGUGGAUUUAUUCGCAUAUUCCCCACAUCAGAGACAUGGGAAAUAUAUGGGUCCUACCUUGAACACAAGACCUCCAUGAACUAUAUGCUGGCAACACGUCUCUUCCAGGACAGGGGAAACCCAAGAAGAAGCUUAUUGGCAGGAAGAACACGGACAACUACAGAUGGAGCGCCGGAACUGAAGGUAGAGAGUAUGAAUUCAAAAGCCAAGCUGCACGCUGCUCUCUAUGAGAGGAAGCUCUUGUCUUUGGAGGUGCGGAAGCGUAGGCGACGGAAUGGGAAGCCAAGGGCAGCGAGGCCGAAGUACCCAGUGAUUACCCAACCAGCUGAAAUGAAUGUUAAAACUGAGACAGACAGUGAAGAGGAGGAAGAAGUUGCACUGGACAAUGAAGAUGAAGAACAGGAAGCUUCCCAGGAGGAGUUUGCAGGGUCCCUUGGAGAAAAUCAAGCCAAAUACACAUCCUCACUGACCAUUAUGGUAGAAAAUUCACCCAAAAAAAAAGCCUCGAAAGUUCCUGAAUGGACUAAUAAAGGUGAACAAUGCUGCAAGAUUGAGCCUCAGGAGCCAGAACCAAAAUUUAACCUGAUACAGAUUCUGCAAGAUAAUGGCAAUCUUAGCAAAGUGCAGGCCCGAAUCGCGUUCUCCGCCUAUCUCCAGCACGUCCAGACUCGCCUGAUGAAAGACAGUGGAGGUCAGACGUUCAGUGCCAGUUGGGCUGCCAAAGAAGAUGAACAGAUGGAGCUAGUGGUUCGUUUCCUCAAGCGAGCGUCAAGCAACCUCCAGAACUCCCUGAGGAUGGUGCUGCCCAGUCGACAGCUGGCACUUCUGGAACGCAGAAGAAUCCUGGCCCACCAACUAGGUGACUUUAUCAUUGUGUACAACAAGGAAACGGAACAAAUGGCUGAAAAGAAAUCGAAGAAGAAACUUGAGGAAGAAGAGGAAGAUGGGGUGAACGUGGAAAAUUUUCAGAAGUUCAUCAGACAAGCAAGUGAGGCUGAGCUGGAGGAAGUGUUGACCUUUUAUACCCAAAAAAACAAGUCUGCAAGUGUCUUCCUGGGGACUCACUCAAAAACUGUUAAAAACAGCAACAAUUGUUCUGAUAGCGGGGCAAAGGGUGAUCACCCCGAGACGAUGGAGGAAGUGAAAAUAAAGCAGCCCAAACUGCAGCAGGCACCAGAAAUUCACUCUGAUAAAUUAUCUCGAUUUACCACUUCAGCAGAAAAAGAGGCUAAAUUAGUCUAUGCCAAUUCUCCCUCUGCUCCUCUUUCUGGUCCUGCUGCUACUCUUCCACAGAAGAUUCCCAACACCCAUUUGUCAUCUGUUAUUACAACCCCUGACCUCUCCCCAGGGCCUGGCCACCAUGCUUCCUUAUCUCAGAUUCCUCCCGCCAUCCCCAGCAUGCCUCACCAGCCAACAAUUUUACUGAACAGAGUUCCUGACAGUACUGCGCCCUCCAUACACCCUGGGACGCAGAACGCACCCAGCCCCGCUGGCCUGCCACGCUGUCGGUCAGGCAGUUACACCAUUGGCCCCUUUUCCUCGUUCCAAAGUGCUGCGCACAUCUAUAGCCAGAAACUGGCUCGGCCCUCUUCAGCGAAGGCAGCAGGGUCAGGCCAUCCAAACAAGCAGCAUGCAGGAGUAGCCAAAAUGCAGAAGGAAGGAGAAGAUGUUUCCUCGUACAGCAGGCGGUACAACCAGAGCAUGGUGACAGCCGAGCUCCAGCGGCUGGCCGAGAAGCAGGCGGCGAGGCAGUACUCGCCCUCCACUCACAUCAGUCUCCUCACCCAGCAGGUAGCGAACCUGAAUUUGGCAAGUGGCAUCAUAAACAGAAGCAGCGCUUCAACCCCCCCGACCCUGCGGCCUGUCCUCAGUCCUGGUGGCCCGGUGUGGUCAGUGCCGGCAGACCCCCAAGCCCCUGAGAGCCACUCCACCCCUCCUGGAAGCAGGAGCCUCCAGAUCGGGGGCUUUGCCUGGGAGGGAGAGGUGGAGAACAACGCGUACAGCAGGGCCACCGGCGUGGCCCCCCAGCACAAGUACCACCCCACCGCAGGCAGCUACCAGCUCCACUUCGCUCUGCAGCAGCUCGAGCAACAGAAACUUCAGUCCCGGCAACUUCUGGACCAGAGUCGAGCCCGGCACCAGGCGAUCUUUGGCAGCCAGACACUACCUAACUCCAAUUUAUGGACAAUGAAUAAUGGUGCAGCUUGCAGAAUUUCAAGUGCCACAGUUGGUGGCCAGAAGCCAACCACUCUGCUACAAAAAGUGGUGCCACCUCCAAGUUCUUCCUCCUCCCUGGUCCCCAAACCCCCAUCCAAUCACAAACAAGUCCUAAGAAAGGCAACAUCCCAGAGGGCUUCCAAAGGGUCAGCCACGGAAGGGCAGCCGAACGGACUCCAGAGCAUCCUUAACUCUGCAGCGUUUGUGCCCGUCGCCAGCUCCUCAGGAUCUUUGGAAACUCCCCAAGUUAUUUUCGCCAGAUCCAAACCCUUGCCCACACAAUCUGGAGCCCUUGCUACAGUUAUAGGACAGAGAAAAUCAAAGUCGGUGAAGUCAGGGCCACUUUAAGAUCCUGCUCCCGCUAAGAGAUGAACCACAAGCACGCGGAGGAAGACCCCAGCAACUAAUCCUGUACUCCCGGGCUUGCGGCAGAGGGCGAAGCAUCCACCAGCGCCGCCCGUGGCCCUUAGUAUUUUUUUGCUGCCUCUGUCCCCGAAGCUUUGGAGCAGAAGUGGCAGUAGGUUGUUGCCAAUGAGCCGGUCCAGACUUGCACUGAGAGGACAGGAGAACACAUCAGCUGGAUCCUGAUGGAACUCGGCAGUGGGGACGGUCAGCGGACGCGUUACCUACCCCGGCAGAGCAGAUGUAUCUUUUACCCCUCCCCCUCCCCGCCUGCUUAGGUCUUCUCAGCCCCUCUCCUGCUACCACACAGAGAUGAUAUAAAAGAGGCUCUUUGGCUAUUUGCAUUUUGCUUCCUCUUCUUUUCCAGGUUGCAGUAUUAAGCUUUACUUCCUACAAGCCUAAAAUCCCACCGGCAUUAUCUACCAAAGUUGUUCUUCCCUUCUCCGAGGGUUUGGGGAGAAGAGGGGAGCUCCCAUCACGCGUCUCCCCGAGGGUGGAGACGGGUCAGUGUGUCGCUGACCACACGAGCCACGGUAAAGGCACCCUUUGGAAUUACUGAUUUCUAAAAUUAAUAAAGUAAUUCUAUUUUUA